GAAGGGGGAAAAAAAAUGCAGAUACCUCCGCGGUUACAAUGACAGUAAUAAACGAUAGCCAAGCGAACUCGGUCAAAUGCGCCCGACCAGCAACUGCGGAGUUCUUAUUAAAUUACAUUUUAGUAGAAAAUAAAACAGAGAUUCUUGAGCUAUCGAUUAGGUACACUUUUUUAAUAAGUUCUCUUUACGUCCCAUUAAGUUACCGACAAUGACCCAUUCUCGCUUCAUCGGCAAUGGUGACGUUUCAUUUAACAAUUUACCGUGGACCGAGUACGUCGAUUUAAAUACACGUAACGAGAUGCGACAGUGUGCCACUGUGUCAUCGACUGCGACGUUGAGUGGAAAUCCGACAGUGAUCUUUGCUGGAUUUCAGCAAAAACGACAGAUCUUCAGGGAGCAGGUACUGCCAUCGUUGGGUGGCAAAAUACCCGAAGAAGCCUUCAGGACCGAUCGUCUGGCUCUGAAUCGGCUCAACAAGGACGGCAUAGCGAUUCCCGAUGGAGUCGUCCUGGACGCCCGUAGCGUGCACAAGCAUCAUGCGGUGACUUCGAUGCCCGAUCAAGUAAUCAAGGUCUACCUGACCCCCGAUGGUCGUUACACCCCGCCAGAGGGAAGGAUCCAUUACGACCAUCCAAAGACCGUGGACACGACAUACAUCAUUCGCACGCCCUAUUCCUGCGAUUCGGAUCACAAAUCCGUCAACGAUCUCCCGGGACAUAAGCCUAGAAUCACUGGAUACGUCAAGCCUCAAGGCUACACCAGUUACCAACACUUCGUGCAUCCGGUCCCGUCGACGAAGCCGCAGAUUCACAAGCCCGUCAUCUCCUCGCUGGUCUUGCCGGCGACGUCCGAGAACUUCUCCAAAGUGCCCUUCUACUCCUUCUGGGACUUCGAUUACGACUGGAACAAUUUUUACAAGACGUUCGAGGAUUACUUCUCCAACAAAGUCACGGUUUUCAAUUCGCACCAGAUAAUCUCAGACUACGAGGGAUUCCUGAGCGAUUUCCACGGACGACCGUUGCGCCACAUCGACUCGAAAGGCGGAAAUAAAAAUUUGGGAAAAAUCCCCGAGGACGUCAGGAACGGAAAUGGGAAAUCAUCGUCCGCGCCUUUUCAAAAAUAUUUUAAAGAGACGAGCUCCUUGGAAAAUUUCGGACAUGCGACCAAGAGUUCUGACUACCCGGACUUGAUGGAAAUCCCUAAGACUAAUUUCUCUUGUAGAGGACGAAAAGGGAUGUACGCCGACGUCGAGACCAAGUGCCAAGUUUUCCACGACUGUUCUGGUUGGCUGAAGACCUCCUCUCUUUGCCCGGCUGGAACUGCCUUCAGCGAGAUCAAGAAACGCUGCGAUUGGUGGAACACCGUGCUCUGUAAAGAAUAAUAAAGUUAAGCCGAAACCAUGAGACUUGAGCGUAUCUGCUGACGGUUCAUGCGAUAACAAAUUCGCCGAGUCGGCGUUGCGAAAAUGAGAGAGAAGGAGCGCUUUAUAACGGGACACUCCACAUUGCGGUCUUCCCUCGAAACAAAUAUACUCACGUAAGACAUAAGAAAGAAACGAAGAAAAUCGACGGAGUCGCAUAUAACGUAAUUAGAAGUGCGAUAGAGGACUCCACGAGAUUACGUAAUUCUUAGCGUCCUUCCACUUGCUCUUCCAGAAGUUUCCGUACACCGCCAUCAUGGAGCUAGAACUAAAGCAAGAAAUUUAAUCGAGCCUGAUUAAAUAGAAUAUAAAUAUUUUACCGAAAUUUGAAUUUAGAACGAUUAGAUCUGUUCGCGUGUUAACGAUUUUCUUUAACCAACGGUUAAUGCAAGGAAAAGUCUCCGAAAUGUAGACGAACUUCUGCCGUAAUGAUGCGUUACGAUACAGCUUAACGUGUAAUGUAAUAGACUGUACUCUUAGCUGAUAACGACUCUG